AUGGCUCCUGAUAAGAAGGGAAACAAGCGCAAGGCGCCCGCCGCCAACGAUGCUCCCGCGAAAAAAACUAAGAAGGUCGAGGCCAAAGCCACCAAGGUCGCUGAAGAUGCCGCUCCCAAGUCCAUUCUGAAGAAGAAGAAGGAGACCGGUACCGCUAAGCCUAAGGAGACCAAGGCUGCCUCCAGUGCGAAGGCCAAUGGCGAGCCCACUCGUCAGGUCAAGCCUCGCAAGCGUGCUGCCGACUUCCUCAGCGACGCGGAGAAUGAGGAGCCUGCCCCGGCCUCCAAGAAGGCCGUCAACAAGAAGACCAAGAAGGAGGAGGUCAUCCCCACACAGGAUGAAAAGAAGUCCGCUGUCGCCAAAACCCCCAAGACCGCAUCAAAGGCCAAGAAGGUAGAGGAGGUGCCAGAGGAGUCUGACGACGAGGAUUUCGAUAUUGAUGCUGCCGAGCCGGAGGAGAGCGAAGAGGAGACCGAUGAUGUUGAGGAUGACCAGACUGCUGCCCUCAUCAAGGGUUUCGAGAGCAGCGGCGACGAAGACGAGUCCGGUGACGAGGGAUAUAACUCCAAACAGCCGAUUCCCAAAAUCCCCGAUACCAAGGAGGCCGAGAAGAAGAUGAAGAAGCUGCAACAGGGUGAUUCCAAGAAUGAACCCGGCACUGUCUACGUCGGACGCAUUCCUCACGGAUUCUACGAGCACCAAAUGCGCGCAUACUUCUCGCAGUUCGGCGAGAUCACUAAGCUCCGUCUUUCGCGCAACCGCUUGACCGGCCGCUCCAAGCACUACGCCUUCAUCGAAUUCCGUUCGAACACCGUUGCCAAGAUUGUCGCCGAGACCAUGGACAACUAUCUCAUGUACAGCCACAUCCUGAAGUGCAAGUACGUUCCCGCGGAGCAACUUCAUCCUGAGGUCUGGAAGGGCGCCAACCGUCGCUUCAAGCGGACCCCAUGGAACCAGAUUGAGAGGAAGCGCCUCCUGAAGGGCAAGACUCGCGAACAGUGGUCGAAGCGCAUCGACCAGGAGCAGCGUAAGCGUGUGGCCAAGGCAGACAAGCUGAAGGCUCUGGGCUACGAGAUUGAUCUGCCUCAGCUCAAGGCCGUCGAGGAUGUGCCUGUGCAGGUGCCUGAAGAGGAAAAGACUAUCGAGGCUGCUACUGAGAAGGCCGCUGAGGAGCCUGUGAAGGCUAUCGAGGAGCCUGUGAAGGCUGUCGAGGCCCCUGCCACCAACGAUGAUACCCCUAAGCCGAAGAAGGGCAAGAAGCCGCAGCAGGACACACCUCAGAAGGAGGUUGCGACGGAGUCCCCGGCUACCAAAACCAAGAAAACGGCCAAGAAGACUGGCAAGUCCAAGGCUAAGGCGUAA